UGGUGUCCAGUUAAUUUGAUGGUACUCAGGCUUCGCACAGCAGGCAGUUUGAAUUUCCACCCAGGCCCUUCGCGACAGACCCACAGCUGUAGUCAGCAGUAAACCAGGAGGGAAAACGUAGGUCAAUGGAUUCACUACAGCCCGCUCUGCGUGGGCAGGAGCGUGGAUCCGUGUUUAACGUUUAAACCAACCGGGACACUAAAUGUCAUUGUGUUCACAGUUAGCUGUGGUCAUGCGUGUGGGUUUGGUUUGCUCCUCUGUAGGCUGGCGGAUAAUGUAACGGGCUGAAGGCGUUUUUGGAUGCUGCAGGGUGCGCGCUGCGGAUUCACAUCCAGAUGAUCCUCCAUUCAUUUUCCCGUUUUUUGGCUCUAACGAGCGCCGUGCCGUUUCGAUCCCGCACCCAGCUGAUCAGAUGAUUCUCAGCUCUGUUCACAGUGAGUCCGUGUGUCAAGCCUCUCCUGAGGAAGAACCGAUUCUUUCUUCCUGCCAUCCAGCAGCCAUGGACUCCCUCCCAGAGUAUUCUCUGUUCCUGGUUCGGAUCCUGGAAGAGUUGGACACCAAGCACACCACCAUGUCCUACCAGGACCUGUGCAAGUCUCUGUGUGCUCGCUUUGACUUGGUGCACUUGGCCAAGCUCCGCAACCUGCUCUUCCACACAGCCUGCCUGGACCCUGCCUUCCCAGCCACCCUCUUCAAGGACAAGAUGCGCUGUUCCACUGAGGACCCGCUGUCCAAAAAGCUCAUGGUUGCAGCGGACAUUGUCACCAUGUUCAAUUUGAUCCACAUGAAUGGAGGAAUAGCCAAAGAUAAGCUUCCUAUAGUUCAAAGAGCCACGUUUCACAAGAGUCAGUCAGUGGAGUUCUGCAGGUCUGACAGUGAUCACCUUAAGUAUCAGGACUGUGACAGGGGGAUCGGUUAUGAGCACAUGGAUCACCCCAGGGAAGGGCGCCAUCACCACCACUCUCAGCAGCAUCCUGUGGCUCAGAACGCCCCUCCCUGUGCUAAUUCCUCUGAUUGCAACAGCCGGCAGCGCUUUCUUGUCUCCUCAGGACCAAACUUCCUCCUGGGCAUGAGGAAAGACAUGAAAUGUAGAGCAGGCUCUCUGGACAAGCUGCAUCAUCUGCCUCAGUACUCUAGCAGCAGUCCACCAUCACCACCUUGUGAAAUGCAGAGCACCUACUUUCCUAUGGACAUAGACACCGAGUCCACCACUGACCAGGAGUCCCUGCAGAACAUGGGACAUCCAGAGCCCUUCUCUCUUCACACUUGCAUCCAGAAGAGAAACGAUUUUAAGAAGGAUUUUCACAAUUUUGUGGCUUUUUCACCACAGGUCAUCACCAGUGAGUGCAAACAGGGCAGUAAGGCUGCUGAAGGUUACCACAAUAGGGAGUUACGUAAGCCUGCUACCUUCUUCAACCGUAGCUUCGAACUGCCCUACAGUAACCCCUACUUUGAACCGCCACUUAACUCCCCCCUACAGGACAGACGGAGGGUGAAGCACGAGAGCCUGGAUGACUUACAGGUGUCAACUUAUUUUGGUCCAACCACCGUCUCUGAGUGUGUUAGUAGCAAGAAGCACAUUAACAAAGCAGGGAAACAGCCAGUAUGGCCCAUGAAGAGCCUCAGUCUCAACGCAGAAGAGGGCCCUCCUGUUUCAGAAAGGAUUUUUCAAAGCAGCAGACCACUCAAAGAAAACCAUCAGUGUAACAUUAUUACCACUGAGAGUGAGCAAUAUUUUCACACCCCGAUGCAAAAGGUAUCAGCGUCACCUGGCUUUGCAAAGAAAAGUACUGAAAUAAAACCCAAGGAUAUAUCACUGAUCGGUAGGGGACCCGGAGGUCUGGACAAUGGAGACGUAGCCAAAAGGUUUGGGGACAAAAAUACGAAGAAUGCAUCCUUUCAAGAAGGGGAAAGCGCCUCUAGUGUUGGAACACAAACUGAGCGGAUUGAACAGAAGCUGAAAGAAUACCAAUCUAAGUAUAACGACAGCGAAAGGCACGGUUUGAAACGCUCAGUUGAGGAGUGUGAGGUCAUUAGUGAUGACAUAAGUGAUAUUUUUCGUUUUCUGGAUGAUAUGAGUGUUUGUGACUCUCUGGGUGUUGUUCAGUCAUCAUGUUACAAUAGUAAUGGGUCUCUGUCUCAGGUAAAGUCAGAAGGUGACAGCUCCCCUGAAUGCAACACAGUCAAAUUAGCCAAGUCUAAGGUAGACCGCCUGUUCCAUUCACUUGAAAACACUGAUGAUGAGCUCAAAACAAGUGUGUGUAAGCUUGUGAGGAGAAUUGGUGAGAUUGAGAAGAAGUUGGAGUCUCUGUCGGGGGUUCGCAGUGAAAUAUCCCAGGUACUUUCCAAGCUCAACAAACUGGAUGAAAAGAUCCAGGAGCCUGAGGCCAAUGGGAGGCACGGGGAGAAAGCAUCAUCAUCAUCAUCCAGGUCCAAUGCCACACCGACAAAGGCUCAACCCUACCCACAUCCACAUUUCAACAGUACUGCUCUUUCACCUCAUGUUUACCAGUGCAACACCACUGGUCACAAUGUGAAAACAGACAAUGGAUAUGUCGGAGAGUGGUGUUGCUCAGAUGGGAGUAAUAGCAACACUCUUGGGAUUAAGGCUGUGAAGAAAGGCAUGCUAUUCAGAAGGUCUUCCUGUUCACUCAACGAGGAGCCCAUGGCUACCGAGUCGAAGGUUGCUAGCAUAACCAACUCUCUACAGGACCGGGGGACUGUGUCCUACUCCUGUCACCCUGAGGACAGAGACAAGGAUAGGCAUCGGAAGGUUAAAGAGAAACAUCUGAUUGGCCUGGACAGACCUCUAACUGAUGGAACACCUUUGGCAUGAAUCAGAGCAGAGACCGUGAGUCAGGCCUUCUUAUCCAACAUCAGGCCCAGGAUCCUCCAGCAGUCACCAAGCUCAGCCACCAGGCCACAACCAGGCUUCAAUAGCCCAGGACCAGGCUUCCUUAUUAGCCUCCAGCCAUUUUUGCAGAAGACAGACCGGCUAGGGUUGUGGACAGUGAAUGCUCCUACUUUUCCCUUCACAAAGCACCUUAUGUUUUGCUCCUGUGCCUUGUCAUUUGCACAUUAUCAACUGAUUGGCGUCACAAACCAACAAGGUCGGCUAAUAUCAACAAUCUGCUUGACAUUCUCAAGUAACACGCUUUUGUGGUGUCCGACUAGCGUAACAAUCAAAAGGGGAAAGGUUUCUAUUGCUUCCCUCUAGUGCUGACACAUCAAGCCAACUGUCAACUUCCUGCUAAGCAACAACUAAACAGGUUACUGUGUUUGUUUAUGUCUUAAUUGAGCAAAGAUGGGUACAGUCUCUGAGGAUGAGAUCGAGGGGAUUAAGAAAUCUCUAUAUUGUAUGUCAGGAGAGUUUUCUAAUAUCUCCAAACAACAGAAGUUGCUAUUGCAGUAUGAAUGACUUAAUAGUAAGUGGACUGGAAACCGAAUACAGAACGUAUGGCAGAGCUGCAGAGGAAGAAGCUGGCAUCUCUCAGCUCUGGGUACUUCUUGAGCUUCUCGUGUUCCUUUUUCCUGAUGUUGCUAUCACUCAGGAUAGCUACAUCGAUCACUGUCUUCCUCAGCUUGUUCACCAUUACAAUGUCCAGUUGGUUAGCCAUCACCAGUUUGUGUGUCUGUAUCUGUAGUCUCACCUGAUCUUAGCUCUGUCAUUCUCAACCACACUAGAGGACGUGUCCCAUUUUGACCUUGACUUCCAGGAAACACCACAGAUGUUCCUGUAUAUUAUUUUGGCCACCCAGUUAUGUUGCACAUCUUUGGGGUCUUGCCUGGUGUGGUAGACCCCAGCCUCUGUGGAUCUUGUGUUUAGAGCCUGUUCCUGUGCUGCCAUGAUCACUGCUUCUUAGCUGUCUUUCAGUCCGUCCUCGUCCAGCCACUUGAUGUCAGUGUCUUCUGUCUCCACCUUUGGCCAGCUGAUUAUCUGAUCACUGGCAGGGUGUAGGUACUAUGAUAUGGUGAUGUGAUAUGUUACUAUGAAGUCUUUAACAUUAGAUGUGGCCUCAUUAUUCAAGAAUUUGUAUGAGGAGAAACAUUUUAAAUUUGAUUUUGGAUUUAACAGGUAGCCAAUAAAGAGAAGCCAGCAUUAGAGACAUUUGCUCUCUUUCCUGUCACUGUCAGUACUUUGCCUGCAGCAUUUCAAAUCACCUGAAAGGUUUUCAUAUAGCCUCGAAUUCUCCCAUGAAGGUUUUUCAGCUUCACUCUGAGUUAGGAUGUUUUUUUAAUUUUAGAGAUAUUGCACAAAUACAAGACAGCAACCCCACAUAUUCGUUUAAUGUGCACAUUGAAGGACAUAUCCUGGUUAAAAAAUGACUCCAAGAUUCCUCACAGUGCUGCUGCAGAGUAAGGUAAUGCCACCGUAGCUCGUUAGAAUUUGUAUGCUUUACUGUUUCUGUUCUAUAAUUUGGAAACUAAGAAUUGGGAAACUUUUCUGAUAUAGUAUUUCUUCUGAUUAUCAGUUUGGCUGAUUUACAAGUACUCUUUCAAGAAUCUUUGAGAUUUUUUGAGAAAGGAAGGUUAGAGAUUGGUCUAUAAUCAGCUAAGAUGCUGGGUCAAGUGAUGGCUUUUUAUGCAAUGAUUUACUGCCAGCUUAAAAGCCUGUAGUAUGCAGCCUGUUAAUAGAGAUAGACUAAUCAUAUUCAAAACUGAAGUAUUCAUUUUUGUAGGAUUCAUAUUAUUGCAUUACUUCUAGGCUAGACUACUGUAAUUUGUUAUUAUAGGACGUCCUAAAAACUCCCUGAAAAGCCUUCAGCUGAUCCAAAAU